ACCCGUCAGAAGAGUGACGAACCGUAAAAAAAGACGGUGGUCGUUGCCAUCCUUUUCACACGGUGGGCCACCCUGGUCGAAAGAAUGCGAUUAAUUCUGACAAUAUUAUACUGCCUCUUUGUUAUCUCCGCACUUGGAGACCCGAUUAGAACAAAGAGAGAACCUCCCGUGAGCUCACAAUAUGGUGCACCACCAGCAUCGUCCUACGGAGUACCGAACGUAGGACCAUCUGAUUCUUACGGUCCACCACCUUCAAAUUCCUACGGUCCACCCUCUGAUUCUUAUGGUGCGCCUCCGCCACCAUCGUCAUCUUAUGGCGUACCAUCUGGACCCUCGUCAUCCUAUGGUGCACCACCAUCGUCAUCCUACGGAGCACCAGCAGGCGAUCAUGGAUCCUUCGGUAACGAUCACGGUGGAUCAUACGAUCUAGGCGGUGGUGAUCAUGGUGGAGGAUCCUUCGGUGGCGAUCAUGGUGGGGGAUCCUUCGGGGGUGGUCAUGGUGGAGGAUCCUCCGGCGGUGGUCACAGUGGAGGAUCCUUCGGCGGUGGUCACGGUGGAGGAUCCUUCGGCGGUGGUCUCGGAUCUUUCGGUGAUGAUCACGGUUCCAUCGGAGGAUCAUUCGAUGAUCAUCAUGGAGGCGGCGGCGGUUAUGGCGGUGGUGGUGGUCACGGCGGUGGUGACGGUGGUUACGGCGGUGGUGGCAGUCAUGGCGGUGGUGACGGCGGUUAUGGCGAUGGUGGCGGUCACGGCGGAGGUGGCGGUCAUGGCGGUGGUGGCGGUCACGGUGGUGGUGAUAGCGGUUACGGCGGAGGUGGUGGUCAUGGAGGUGGCUUUGGAUCGAUUUCUGAUUCUUACGGGCCGCCGUCAUUACCUUCCGAUUCCUAUGGACCUCCCUCGCAUGAUCAUGGGCCGAAGGGCGUGUGGAAAAAGAAGUUGGUGUGGAAGCCCGAAUGGAAGCAGAUUUGGAAAAAGGUACAGGUACCGGUUUGGAAGGAGAUUCAAGUACCUGCGUGGAAGGAGAUCAAAGUACCAGUCUGGAAAAAAGUUCAGAAGCCUAUUUGGAAGGAGAUUCAAGUACCGGUUUGGAAGGAAGUCCAAGUGCCAGCUUGGAAGAAGGUAUGGAAGCCCAUUUGGAAGGAAAUCCAAGUUCCUGUGUGGAAAGAAGUCCAAGUGCCCGAUUGGAAGAAAGUCUGGGUGCCAGAAUGGGUUAAAAUUGGUAUACCGGGAGAACACCCUGUGGGCAAAGAUCAUCAUGGUUGGCAGUACACCAGCCACGAUCUCUGGAAGAAGAAACUAAUAUGGAAGCCGGUUUGGAAGAAGAUCUGGAGAACAGAAAAAAAACAAAUCUGGGUAAGCGACAAGAAAUUAGAAUGGAAGGCCGAAUGGAAACAAAUUUGGAAGACGGAAAAGAAGCAAAUCUGGGUAUCAGACAAGAAGCUAAUUUGGCAGGAAGAAUCGGUGCAAGUAUGGGUGCCUCAAAAGAAGCAGAUUUGGGUCACGCAGAAGAAACAGGUGUGGAAAGAUGAAUGGAAAAGCAAGUGGGUUCCGGUUUGGAAGGAUGUGCAGGUACCGGCUUGGAAGAAGAUCUGGAAGCCCGUCUGGGAGAAAGUUUGGGUUCCCAUCGAGUCUCACGACGACGGUCAUCACGGUUACAAGUAAAUCGUCGUCGAGGGUCACGUUCGGCCGGUUCAGUCUUUUUUCUGCUCGUGACAUCUGAAGAUCGAAAGGUCAACUCGGAAAAUUGUUAGAGAAUCGUAUCAUGAAAGUCGGUCGAAUUUUAUAAUGCUUUGUGAUAAUGGAUUGCUCGUCGAUAGAUAUAGAUAUCUCUCGAGAAGAGAAAAGGGAAGGCCGAGUAAACGUGUACCGCACGAAGAAGAGGAAAGCCUGCAACUAACAGUUAGAAAGCAUCGCGACUAUGAGAUAUGUACGAAAGUGGAUGAUGAAAAUUUUCAAUUGAUCAUUUUGGCGACAACGCGACUGAGUUGCGUGGUAACCAAAGUCGCUCAGCUCGCAAGAGGAACCGAAAUAUCGAUCAACGAGAUAUUAUCAUAACGGAUGUGAAAAUAUCAUUAUCUACAUUUUACUAUAUAUCUCCUGAGAAAAAUGCAUACUAAUAACUGAUCUUUAGCAAAUAAAUUUAUAACUAUAACGCAUCUUUCUAGAGAUUACGCGACUUGUUAAAUUAAACUUUAAAGCAAACCAUCGCCAAGAAAAAUAUCACGUUUGUCAAUUAUUUGUUGAAAAAUAAUAUU